AAAUCUCAUUAAUUUAUUGGUCUAUUUCUUCGGCAUGAUAAUGUAUUUUCUAUGAAUUGUCGCUGAGUUUUCUUCUUCUUUCUUCGGAUUCACUCAUUUUGUUUCAGAUCGGCCCUUCCAACUCCGAUCAUCGACGACAUCAUGGACGGAGGGCGGUCGUUCAAUCGUAUCAUCUUCCUUCUCUUCGCCGUUCUUCUUCUCUUGCCGGUCAUCUUUGCUGCCAAAUUUGAAUAUUGCGAUAGGAGAGGUGAUUAUCCUGUGAAGGUGGGUGAACUCGAAGUAUCUCCUGAUCCAGUAAAGAGUGGCCAGCCUGCCACGUUUACCGUUUCAGCCUCAACUGAGAAGAAUCUCUCCGGUGGGAAGUUCGUGGUCGAGGUCUCUUUAUUUGGGCUGCAUAUACAUUCAGAAAGUCAUGAUCUUUGUGAAGAGACUUCAUGUCCAAUUGCACCUGGAAAAUUCUCUUUAUCUCAUUCCCAAAGCCUACCUCCAUUUACCCCACCAGGUUCAUAUACCGUUAAAAUAAUAUUGAGAGAUAGCAAGAAUCAACAGUUGACAUGCAUCAACUUCAAGCUCAAAAUUGUUUUUGGUGAUGCGGAAUCAGCAAUUUCUGAAAAGUACUUGGUUGCUGAGAGUUGAAAAAUGACCAACAAUUCAAGUUUUAAGAUUUCAUGUAAGUUUCUCCUCUGUUUUUCAACUGCAUGGUGUGAAAUAUUUUAUACUUCUACCACAAGGGACUGUUCUACCUUUGUUGGUUCUUUAAUGUCUAUGAAUUAUGUAAAAAGCUUCUGAACAAAUGUGAAUUUCUCAAUAUUAAGCUGUUUUCGAUCGA